GUCUUGAACAGGGGCGGACUGACCAUUUGGAAAACUCGGGCACUGCCCGAGGGCCCGGGGUCAGUAGGGGGCCCCAUGAGAUGCCCCUGGUACCUUUUUCAUAGGCUUUUUUGUUUGGGCAAGGACACAGGGGCCCCAUGAUCCCCUAUUGCCCGGGGGCCCCAUGAGUUGUUAGUCCGCCCCUGCUUCCAAUAUGGGAAAAGCUGAGACUAUGGUCAUGAGUCCAGUGAUUCCGAGGAUUCUGGAUGGGAUUCCAAUAACUCCUACAGGUGCCAUUGGGGAGAAAA